AUGACUUUCUUGCUGAUUACCAAACCCGAGGUCCGGUCGGUCAAACUGCUCGGAUCGUGGGAUAAUUUCUCCAAGCAAUAUGUGAUGGAAAGAGACAGGCGAGUUGGGCCGGGCCACUGGAAAGGAUGCCAUACUUUUACGGAUAUCAUUGGCGACGGGCCUGACCAAUGGCGAACCGGUGGUCUCAAGAUGGGAGGCACCUACUGGUACUAUUACUUGCUGGACGAUGAUAUUGAGUAUUAUAACGAAAGAGAACCUGCCACUACACAAUGUCCUCUGCUUCCCGGGCAACCGGUGAAUGUGCUGAACGUGCCCAUCAUCCUACCCGAUAGUCGGUCUCAUGGACGCUCGGGAAGCAACAGCUCCCAAAAAGCCGAAUACCGAACGAUGAAUCCAGAGGACAAGUUCAUGAACCCGCGCAAGCCGCCACCGCAGCCUCAGCCGGUGCGUCUCCAGACGUCCACGUCCGUGCGUCGCCAACCGAGUCCGGCGCUGGCUUCCACCUCUCCAAUUGCGGGCAUGAUUCACAGGAGUAAAUCCCAGCCGAACAGUGCCAGUCGCAGAAGCCACAGCUCGAAGGAUUCGCGUUCCAUGUCUCCCCCGAGAGCACGAGCUCUUCGCGCUGCUUUGGGACAACCCAAUGGGACGGAGCACCGAACGCCCGAGGCAUGGAAAUCAGCCAAUGCUUCAAAUGAGUCUGUUGAGACUCGCCGCAAUGUCCCUGGGAUCAAGGUCAACGCUGGAAUUGCAGUUCCCUCCUCCGCGAACUCGCCUAACAAACCCGGAUCCUCUACCAUCCAGAGUCGUCGCGCGCUGAGAACCGGCGAAAAUGCAGCCCCGGGUCGCCUUCUCACUGUGCAGACACGCCCUGAGCACUAUGGACACGGUCCUCCUCGCGCGAAUGGCAAAAAUGCGGCCUACGAUGAGUCUCGUGCUAUCAGAGAGGCCUUGGAGGAUAUCGCAAACUCCAGUGACUUGCCAACGCCAACCAAACCAUUCGCCAAGAAGGAAAAGAGGCUUCCCACGCUUCCCAACUCUCCAUCCUCCGUGAUGGACGAAGCCGUCCGUGCCAUCGACGAAAGAGACAAAGCGAUGGACCCGGAGAUCCUGCGCAGCCACUUCUCCAGCAUGACAAUGACAGACGAUUCCAUCCACUCCCGCUUCAUCCCAGAACGCAGCCGAUUUUCCGAAUGGAGCACCGAUACCGAAGCCGACGACUACAACACACCAGAAUCAAUGGUUUCAACUUCUACGUUCAAUCAGGACUGCAACUACGAAACCGAAGCCUCAGAUGACAGGUGGAAAACCCCCGAACUCUCCCAGUCCGGCGACGCAGCAACAAACACAGACCCGAACACCCCCCACCUGACAGUCCACUCCAAACCCUCCUCUCCAAACUCAGCCUCCGGCGACCUCCCCUGGAACGUCCCCCUACCCCACCUCACAGUCUCCUUGUCUUCCCCCAGCAUCGACGGCUCAGGACUGGGUAUCGAAGGCAUGGACGAAGUGGAAAGUAACCCGAAGCGCCACGCCGCCCUCUUCAGCGCUCUUGAAUCAAUGCAGGCACUCGCUAUGUCUCGCAGCCCCAAUGCCUCCCCCAUCCUCCUACCGCAGGUCCUGCGUGACUCUGUUUCCGAGAGAAAACUCUCUGUCGAGCGGAGACACAGUGAUCAGGCUGAGUCUAUUCGUUCUCGGCGCAGUAAUGCGGACUUUCAGGGGGGUAAUGCUACCAUGCAGGAGUUGAUGGAUGAGCUCAGUUAUCUGAAGAAUAUGAUUCAGUCUGAGAUGGAUGGCACUCCUUUCUGA